GCACAAACCUCUCUUGUAGCUAUAUCAACCUAACUAGGAGCUUCUACAAAAAGGUUUGUCGUGCUUCUGCUUGUUCAGUGAUUGUUUAUGCAAAACCGUGCCAUGGAAUGACAGAGCUGAAGCAACUGUCAUUUUACAAAAGAACAUUUGCAGGAUCAUCUGAGCCACUAUACGGAAUAUGCUGGUCUGUUGGUAAGAAUUGAUAUUGUUCAUGUCCCAAACAUAUCUGCUAUAAGAUUUGCUCCAGGCCGACAUUGACAAAUACACAUGGAUGCCCAGGUCCGAUCAUAAUCCAAGGUUUGAGAAGACUGUCCGAGCCAUCUCUCUCUCUUUGACACCAUGGAUGACAUUAUUGAACCUCCAUUUCAAGAAACUUACCCUACCCUCUUCGAGAACUUUUCUGAGAAAGCAGCAGAUGAAAGCUGGUUUGGAAUGGAUGAUGUGGAAUAUUGUGAACUGCCACAGAUUGAUCUUUCCCGUUUGCAUUUCUGGAACUUGGAAAAUGACGAGGAUGGUUCGCAUUCUGAGGACUUUGACAAGUGCAGAAAGGAGAUGGCUGUAGCUGCGAGUGAAUGGGGAUUCUUUCAAGUUGUGAAUCAUGGGAUCCCUCAGAAAGUUAUAAAGAACAUGAAAUAUGAGCAGAAGAAAUUGUUCCAUCAGCCCUUCUGCAAGAAGGCUGAAGAAAGCUUCAUGAAUUUAUCAGCUAAUAGCUACCGUUGGGGGAACCCUACGGCUACUUGUUUGAGACAGUUUUCAUGGUCAGAAGCUUUUCACAUACCUCAUACAGAUAUUUCAAGAUUGGAUGAAUGCAACAGAACCAGAUCAAGUAUUGGGUUGUUUGCAACAAAAGCUGCGAGUUUGGCUCAAAGGUUGGCCGAGUGUUUAGGGCAUAAUUUGGGGGCCAAAUCGUCUUAUUUUCGAGACAAUUGCCUUCCAAGCUCCAGUUAUCUUCGAAUGAACAGAUACCCUCCAUGUCCUUUAUCUUUUGAUGUUUAUGGCCUCAUGCCUCACACUGAUAGUGAUUUUCUCACUAUAUUAUAUCAAGACCAGGUUGGAGGGUUGCAGCUCAGGAAAGAUGGAAAAUGGCUUAGUGUUAAACCUAAUCCUGAAGUUCUAAUUAUCAACAUUGGUGACUUAUUUCAGGCAUUGAGCAAUGGAGUGUACAAGAGCAUUGAACAUCGAGUGGUUGCUCAUUCAGAAGUCGAAAGAUUCUCAGCUGCAUAUUUCUAUUGUCCAUCUCAUGAAGCAGUGAUUGAGAGCUUCAGCAAGCCAGCAGUGUAUAGAAAGUUUAGUUUCAAAGAGUAUAGACAGCAAGUCCAAAAGGAUGUUCGAGCUACAGGUGACAAAAUAGGUCUCUCUAGGUUUCUCUUAUAAGACAGAAUUAAGUUUUCAGCUUAAUUAGUUAUAAAAAAUUUGAAAGAAAUAAUUAAGAACAUAAUGUUCUUAAAG